AUGUUAUGGCAUAAGGAGGGUCACAACAACGACGGAUUGUUAAGGCAUCCGAAGGACGCUGAAGCAUGGAAAAAGUUUGAUGCAAAGCAUACUGCUUUUUCAUCGGAUCCGCGUAGUGUUCGCCUGGCCUUGGCUAGCGAUGGAUUUAAUCCUUUUGGAAACAUGAGCACAAAGUAUUCCGUUUGGCCGGUGAUUCUUAUCCCGUACAACUUUCCUCCAUGGCUUUGUAUGAGUCAGACCUCUUUCAUUCUAUCCAUGAUUAUUCCUGGUCCUAAAAUGCCAGGUAAUGAUAUAGAUAUUUACCUGCAGCCCUUGAUUGAUGAGUUGAAGCAAGUAUGGGAAGGCAUUGAAACAUACGAUGCUCAUACCCAAUGCACCUUCAAGCUGUAUGCGGCAUUGACUUGGACUAUUAGCGAUUUUCCAGGAUUGGGAAACUUAUCUGGGUGGAAUACGUACAGCGGCUUAGCAUGUCCUACCUGUAAUUUGGAUGCUAGGGCACAGCGACUCACAUUUAGUCAAAAAUGGUGUUUCAUGGGUCAUCGUCGAUUUCUGAAUCAAGCUCAUAAAUUUAGACAAGACCAGGUAAGAUUUGAUGGCCAAGUAGAGAACAGGGAUCCUCCGAAGAUGUUGUCUGGAACAGAUAUCUUGAUGCAACAAUCAUAUAUUCACGUGUCAUACGGAAAGGUUCCAAACGUGAUAGGACAUAAAAGACGUAGUGGUGAAGAUGCCAACCAGUUUGACUCAAAUUGGAAGAAGAAGAGUGUUUUCUUUGAACUCCCAUACUGGGAAGAUAAUAUGCUACGUCACAACCUCGAUGUGAUGCACAUAGAGAAAAAUGUCUGCGAUAACGUAGUGUUCACGGUAUUAAAUGAUAGUGCCAAGUCAAAGGAUAAUCUGAAAGCUCGAAAGGAUUUACAAUGCAUGGGUAUAAGGCCAGAGUUGUGGCCGCGCGAUGGUGGGAAAUAUCCUUCUGCAAUAUUUACAAUGUCAAAAUCACAGAAGGAUACAUUCCUGAAGACUCUCCAGAAAGUUGUCUUUCCAGAUGGUUAUGCUAGCAACGUUACGCGUUGUGUUGACUUGCGACAGCGUAAGUUGGCUGGGUUGAAAAGUCAUGAUUGUCACAUUCUGAUGGAGCAUUUACUUCCAAUUCUGGUUAAGAAUGCACUGCCUGCCCCUGUGGACAGCGUAAUUGCCGAUCUUUCAUCAUUUUUUCGAGCACUCUGCGGGAAAGCCAUAAACCCUUUACAGCUUGAUGAACUCCAAAAUCAUGUUGUUCAUACCCUGUGUUGUAUGGAAAUGAUUUUUCCCCCUUCGUUCUUCACGGUCAUGGUACACCUGAUCGUUCAUCUUGUUGAAGAAGUAAAACUUGGUGGCCCAGUGCAUUAUCGGUGGAUGUAUCCGAUAGAGAGGUAUCUGGGCCGUUUGAAGCAGUAUGUGCGCAACAGGGCUCAAGCAGAAGGCUCUAUUGCGGAGGGGUACUUAUCGGAGGAAAUCCUAACUUUCUGUUCUAGAUAUCUGGAUAACAUUGAGACUAGAAUGAAUCGACCGGUGCGAGUUGACGAUCAACCUAGCGGAGUACUCCCUAAUGCGUAUGAAACCAUGUUUCCAAAAGUUGGAAAGGCGAUAGGGACUGCAACAUAUUUUAAGCUGAGUCAGAUGGAACGACUGCAAGCACAUCGUCACGUGCUAGUCAACUGCGAGGUUGUUACUGACUUUAUUGAUUCAUUUAGAGCUAAAACAAAGAGAAAGCUACGAGAUCAAACAAGGUCGCAGUCGAAAAUAGACAGCAUUGUCCACAAGGAAUUUGUUCGGUGGUUCAAGCAACAGGUUCCGAUGGAGAGCACACAGUAUCCAGACGAGAUUAAAUGGCUUGCAUGUGGACCGAUACUUCAAGCAACACGUUACGGGGCAUACAAUAUCAACGGUUAUAAGUUUAGAACUAUGGAAAAGGAAGAAGGAAUGAAAACCCAAAAUAGUGGAGUAUAUGUCUCGUCUAAUACACGAAGUUAUGCAAGCAUGCGUGACAACAAAGUGGCUGUCGGUAGUGUUCCAUACUAUGGCAAAAUAGUAGACAUAAUUGAGUUGAAUUACAGUUGUCGAUUCUCAGUCGUGUUGUUUAAGUGUGUUUGGGCGGACACGACUACUAGUAGGGGUUUAAAACAAGAUCACUUGGGUCUGACUAGUGUUAACUUCUCUCGUUCGAUACACACCGGUGAUCAAGAAGACCAUGAGCCGUACAUAUUGGCAUCAGAGGCCCAUCUUGUCUACUAUGUGGAUGAUGAAGUAGAUAAAGCAUGGAGUAUAGUGGUUCAUGUCAAGCCACGAGACUUGUAUGACAUGGGGGAAGAGAAUGAAGUAGCUGAAGUUGGUUUUUCUCCACAACCAGGGUUGAACUUUUCAGAGGCAGGUGACAUUGGAGACUUGCAGUUGACCAGGGAUGAUGAUGUAGAAGACCCCGCAGACAAUGCAGAUGAGAAUAUCGACGAUUGUUAA